AUGAAGUACACCCCAAUAGCGCUCCAGUAUGUGUUGAAUGACUCAAUACAUGCAUCAUCUGGAGUAUACAUCACCCAACAACUCUCCACACAACCAUUCAUUUUAACCGUCAACCACGUUCCUCGUAUUGGCGAGUAUUUGAUUUACGCAAAUUUUGGUGACAAUUCAUCCCCAUCUCAAAUCAGUUGGCAUCGUGUUUCUGUUUUGGAAGAAGUCGCUAUCAAUGCCUCUGAUUUUGAGUUUUUUGAUAGUCAUCAAUUCAAUUUAUACCCUCGUGAUCAGUAUGGGAAAGCAUUAUCGAUAUUGAAGCUAUCCCCACCACCAACAGUAACAGCAGCGGCAACAGCAACCGGCUCAGUUGCGAGGAAGUCAACUACUGCUAUAGGAGAUCAAGUGACUAUUGUAUCAAGUCCUUUUAAUUUUACCAAUUCGUUAAUAUUUCAUCAGUUUACUACUACGGCUCGAAUAGUUUACAAAGUAUAUGCACACGAGCAUGAUGCAGAUGAUGUAAAUGCAGCCGGUGAUUAUUGGCUAAGUGAUGCCGCAUAUAUGGAAAAUAUGGCUGGAGGCGCCGUCAUUGAAAAGCCACUGAAUGCUGAUAUCACCAACGGCUCAGAAAACAAACUUGUGGGAUUAGUGUUGGGAAACCUACGCAAGAUCAAUGGUGAUGGGAACUUAAUGGUGAUAAUUCCAAUGAAAAAGAUAAUUCAAAUAUCACCUACGUUGAUCCCACCACCAUCAACACCGCAAUCCAACUCAUUGAUCAAAUCAUCAUCUUCAAUCCUAUACAAAACACUUUCAUCAACCACCUUAUCAAAAUUAUUUAACUUGCCUUCAAUUUCAACAAAGAUAACAACACUAAGAACAACUCCCGGUGACGCCAAAUCCGUCUUGCCGCUAAUUAUCAAUGCUUCAAAUCAUCGUACAUGGGGGUCAUGUAUUUUUUACAAAGAUCAAUUACUCAUCACUAAUAGUCAUGUCAUUGCCCCAUUUUUCCAAAAAGCACAUCAAUCAACUGGAUCGAUAAAUUCCAUAUCCAACCGCCGUAAACUCUACUUUGAUUCCACCACUUCCGAUAAUGCAACUAUCUUAAUCACCAAUCACGGUGAUUCAAUUCAAGUUACGUCACCACUUGAUAAAAAAAUAAUUGUCCCACAUCCAGAUUUGGAUCUCGCUUUUAUACAAAUUGAUCAUAGAGCAUCUACGUUGUUGCUUGAGAAUGGGUAUCGACCAAUUGCGCCAUGUCAGCAUGAUUCCAUAGCUGAGGGGGAUUCAGUAUAUACUCAAUCUUAUGGAUUAUUCUUUGAUCCAUUGUAUUUACAACCAUUGAAAUCUCAUGGGAUCAUCAAUUGCAUUUAUCGAAAUGAUAAUGGUGGAGCUGGAGCUGGAGCUGGAGCUGGAUUGAUCAUUGCUUCUGCUUCUUGUUUCAAUGGAAGUUCAGGUGGUGGUUUAUUUACAAGUGCUAAUGAUCAAUUAGUGGGGAUGAUUUGUUCAAAUGCUAAAGUCUAUAAACCACUCUCCAAAGAUGAUCACCAACAACAGAAACACUCUAGUGGGAAAGAUACUGAGAAAUUGACGACAUUUACCUUUGUUUUGCCUGUUGGAAUAAUUGAUUACUGUUAUCAACAAAUGUAUCAAAAUAAACUAAAACCUAAAAUCAAAAUAAUUAAUGAAGAUGCUGAUGUUGAUGAUAGGGGUCUUGUUAAUAUUGAUUCAAAGAUUCUUGACUUAUGGAAAUUGAAACCAUUCCACAAAGAUAUCUAUAUCGAUCCAAAACCAGUGCCAACACUAACGUCAAAGGCAAAAUUAUAG